AUGUCGUCGGCUCUCAACGCGAUCCGUCGCAAGAAAAACGUCAAGAAGGGUAUCCAGUUCUGUUUGAUGGUCUGUGGUGCUAGUGGAACCGGACGCACGACCUUCGUCAACACCCUUUGUGGCAAGCAAGUUCUCGAAAGCAAAGAUUCCGACGAUGCUGCCAGCGCUCAUAUCGAGGAAGGCGUCCGUAUCAAGCCAGUUACAGUUGAAUUGGACGAUGAAGGCACCCGCAUCUCCCUGACUAUUGUCGACACCCCUGGCUUCGGUGACCAGAUUGACAAUGAAGCCAGCUUCGGUGAAAUCGUCGGAUACCUGGAACGCCAAUAUGAUGAUAUUCUGGCCGAAGAAUCGCGAAUCAAGCGUAACCCCCGUUUCAGGGACAACCGUGUUCACGUCCUCCUCUAUUUCAUUACACCAACCGGUCACGGCCUGCGUGAACUGGAUAUCGAACUGAUGAAGCGCCUUUCUCCCCGCGUCAACGUCAUCCCCGUUAUCGGAAAGGCCGAUUCUCUUACUCCCGCUGAACUUGCGGAGUCCAAGAAGCUCAUCAUGGAGGACAUUGAGCAUUAUCGCAUCCCUGUCUACAACUUUCCCUACGACAUCGAGGAAGAUGAUGAAGAUACAGUAGAGGAAAACGCCGAAUUGCGUGGGCUCAUGCCAUUCGCCAUUGUCGGUUCCGAGGACUUUGUCGAGUUUGACGGACGGAAAGUGCGAGCCAGACAGUAUCCUUGGGGUGUAGUGGAGGUUGAAAAUCCUAGACACUCUGAUUUCUUGGCUAUCAGAAGUGCCCUUCUCCACAGCCAUCUCGCCGAUCUGAAGGAGAUCACUCACGACUUCCUCUACGAGAACUACCGUACCGAGAAGCUCAGCAAGAGCGUUGAUGGUGCUGGCGCAGGCCACGACUCUUCCAUGAACCCCGAGGACCUUGCAUCUCAGUCAGUUCGCCUGAAGGAGGAGCAGCUCCGUCGUGAAGAGGAGAAGCUCCGUGAGAUCGAACUCAAGGUACAGCGUGAAAUCGCUGAGAAGCGCCAGGAACUUCUGGCUCGUGAAAGCCAACUGAGGGAGAUCGAGGCUCGCAUGGCACGUGAAGCAAGCCAGAAUCAGGUUGCUCUUCAGUCCGAUGCUACCAAUGGCGAGGCUUAG